AUGCCGAGGAGUGGGAAGGUGUUGCGUCUUCUGACUGGUCAGCUGGCAGUCACUGGUGGCACUAGUGUGACCGCUCCAGCGAAGAAAGCCAGACCAAAAGGACCUUGCCGCCGUCCUCAAGCGGACGAUGGUCCAUGGAACUCUGGUCGCAACAUCCUUGGUGACCCUCCAAAUGAUGAACCUCCAAGCCCACCGCCACCCCCACCGCCACCAUACCCUCCACCUCCACGAAGCAGACGACAAGAUGAUGGUAGCCCUUCGGGUGUAGUAGUGGGUGCAUCUGCCAAGUCCAAGAGUCGACCAGGCGGUCGUACUGUCGCAUCUGCUGCUCAGAGUCCGGGACCAUCUGCUGAGAGUCAGCCAGGUGCAUCUGAUGAUGGCCCUUUGUCAAGCAACCCUCUGCAAGCGAUGGCGCCAACCUUGAAUCAGCUCGACAAGGUGGUGAAAGAGAUCCUGGACGAUUGCCAUGUGUCACUUAGCACAAAACUCCUGGCCUUGCAAUUGGUGGAGAAGUUCGGCUACGAGGGGGAGAUGCGGUUGCACAGACUGUUGAAUCUAGGCUGA